GCAGACACUACACCGUUUCGGACUAGUGUUUAGAUUUUGAUCAACAUGGGGAAAAAGAAGAAUAAAGCCCCGAAACCAAUUGCAUCCGUAAGUGUUCCUAGCAAGAAGAAUGUGGAAGGCGGGAGUGAUGCAAAAACAGCCACAGUUCAAAAGAACUACAGAUUUCAAGAGCCCGAUGGCAGUGCGGAUGCAGUUAAACCCAAUGACAAGAAGGUUAUUAAGGUUUCCUUACCAGCCGAUUUAGAGAAAGCAAUAUUGGAGGAGAUUCUUAAACAGCAGAAGACCUCCAAACAGCAAGGAAUUGUCUCUAAGAAGAUGUCUGCCAAGAAGCUGACAGAUCUUUACAUGGCUUUGGCUGUGGUGGGUUUCACGCAUGACCAGAUCACCGCGGCGAUGAGUAAUAACCUCGUCCAAGGAGGAGACCUACACUCGGCUCUCGAUUGGUUGUGCCUCAACCUACCGGACAACGAGCUCCCAGCAGGGUUUGCCGGUACUUUCCUCGAGGAAGAUAGACAGGAAAUGAAGGAUAAGGUCAGGAAAACAUUUAUGGAAGACCAGGCUGGAAAAAGAGAAGGUGGAAAACAAAGGAAAAAGGAAAAGAAACCAGUGCAGGAGGAAAGCCAGAAAGACCCAAAGGUGAAUGUAAAGAACUGGAUCUUGCAAUACGCUGAGGCAUACAGUGAGGAUGAGGAAGAGGAUAAGACACCAGAAUCCAUCCAACAGGAGGAGGUUGACCCAACGGAGCGAUACCUGGCUCUGAUGGCCAAACUCAUGGAUGCUAAGAUGGCAGCCGGUCAAGCAAAGGAAGAAGGCAACAAGGUCAUGCAGACUCAGACUGGCAAGGAGAUUGCCAGACUAGCAAGAGACCUUACAAAGGUGGAGAAGCACCCUGACUUUGACCCAAGAGUCAAGAUAGAAAGUCUAGAGAGGGACCAGUCUCAAGACGGUGCAGAUGGAGGAGUUGUCUUUGCUCCAGUCAAGAAGAAGAAACCAAAGAAGAAGAAGGACGAUGAGGUUGAAGACGAGGGGAUGUUUAAUCUAUUUGCCGAGGAAGUGGAUUCAUCCAAGAAAACAGCAGCAUCAAACACCACUGUCCCACAGGAUGACAUACGAAGCUUCGCCUACAGUCAGAAAAACUGGACAGCGAAGUCGCCAAAGCAGUUCCUGAUCGACUGGUGCCGAAAAAAUAUUCCAAACUCUGCUGCUCCAAAGUAUCACAAGAAAGAGGUCAGGGGAAACUGGAAGUGCAAGUUAACCGUCGACCGUAAGAAGGAUCCUCCAUUGGUUGUAUGUCCAGAGAUUUUAACAGAGAACUCAAUGGAAGCUCAGCAUCUAGCUAGUGUCUUAGCUCUCUGGAACCUUGCUAAAACAGCGUCCAUCCAUCAACUACUACCACCUCCUUACAGGGAUGUAUGGCUUGAGUGGAGAGAUGCAGAAAACAAAGCUAAGGAGGAAGUCAAGAUUGAAGAAAAUAAGCCAAGAGACCAGUUUGUCUCACAGCUCCUGAAGAAACUCAAGUUGCAAUCACAGACAGAGGGGGCCUUCACUGACCAGGGUAAAGGAGACAGUGAUGAGGACAUUGAAGACUCGUGGGAAGAUCAUGCUGGGAAUGUGACUGUAAAGGAAAACACUGACCAACAGAAACGAUCAAAAGCGCCCUCGAUGUUAGGUACGAAACACAUGGUUGGUGGAGACACUCUGCGCACCAUUAUGCAGACAAGACAAAAAUCAGCAGCGUACCAUAAGAUGUUGGUAUCUCGCCAAACCCUACCGGUAUACCAGCAUCGUGACGCCAUCGUCAAUCAACUCAAGACCAGUCCGGUGGUCAUUGUGGCAGGGGAAACUGGGAGCGGGAAGAGCACACAGGUUCCACAGUUUUUACUUGAGGAUUUAAUAAUGUCCGGAGCCGGAGGUCACAGUAGUAUUGUAUGCACAGAGCCAAGGAGGAUAUCAGCAACUAGCUUAGCGAGAAGGGUCUCUCAAGAAAUGGCUGAGAGAGGUCCCGGCACCAAGGAAUCCAUGUGUGGUUAUCAGAUACGUAUGGAGUCCCAGCAAUGCCAUACAACUCGCUUACUUUACUGUACCACGGGGGUGCUCCUACGUAAAUUACAACUGGAUCCCAAACUGCAGGAUAUCAGCCAUAUCAUAGUGGAUGAGGUACAUGAGCGCAGUGUACAGUCAGACUUCUUACUGAUCAUCCUGAAGACUCUACUCAAGGUUCGGAGAGACCUUCGUGUGAUCCUGAUGAGUGCCACCAUAGAGAGUGCUAAGCUUUCUGCUUACUUCCAUCACUGCCCGGUGGUUAAUAUACCGGGCAGGACAUUCCCAGUACAGGUGUUUCAUGUAGAAGAUGUGAUUGAGAACACCAACUACGUGUUGGAUGGUGACUCUCCCUACGCAGUACGAUACGAGUCUCUUACACAAGAAGAACACACCACUGUGUCUAUAACAGGCAAGGCUGGCCAGUCUAGAGAUGUCCAUGUAAGCUGGGAAAUACAAGACAUCUCAGUCAUGGAUGAGAGUGGUUUGGACCCAGACCUCUACAGUAAGCGUACAAGGCAGGUUGUUACCAGACUAAACCAAGACAGAAUUAACAUGGACUUAAUUGUGGAACUGAUCAGCUUCUUAGAUCAAGACCCCCUGUAUGGAGGCAUAGACGGUGCCAUUCUUAUAUUCAUGCCUGGACUCGCUAACAUUCAAGAACUUUACGAACUCCUUCAGACUGAUUCCAGAUUCCCAGAGAAAAAAUACCAAAUUCUAGCCUUACAUUCUGUGCUGUCCUCCGAAGAUCAGAGCUCAGCGUUUGGAAUACCGCCCUCGGGGGUGCGUAAGGUUGUCAUAGCAACAAACAUAGCAGAGACGGGAAUCACUAUUCCUGAUGUUGUGUUUGUGAUCGACGCCGGGAAAGUAAAAGAAACAAGGUACAAUGAGAUGAGUCAACUGAGUGCCCUGGUGGAGACUAACAUCAGCAAGGCCAGUGCUAAGCAAAGACAAGGCCGAGCUGGUAGGGUUAGAGAGGGAUUCUGCUUCAGGCUCUACACCAAACAGCAGUACGAGUCUUUCAAGUCAUUUUCUCCGCCUGAGAUUCUACGAGUUCCACUGGAAGAUCUUUGCUUGCACAUCAUGAAAUGUGACCUUGGUUCACCCGAGGCAUUCUUGCAGCAAUCCAUGGACCCACCUCAGCUCAACACAAUCCGGGCUGCCAUGAGCCUUCUGAGGGAGGUUGGGGCAUGUAAGGUCGAUGACCCCACAUUGACCCCUCUCGGCCAGCACCUAGCAGCCCUGCCUGUCAACGUCCGCGUCGGUAAGAUGCUGCUCUUUGCUGCCAUGUUUGGAUGCUUGGAGCCAGUUGCUGUGAUGGCAGCUGCAAUGACUGAUAAACAACCCUUUGUUGUUCCGAUGGGUAAACGACAACAAGCUGAUCUAGCUAAGAAGGCCUUGGCUAUAGCUGACUCAGAUCACAUCACAGUCUACAAGGUCUUCGCUGGUUGGGAAGAGGCUAUUGCCAGGGGGAAGGUCUCGGAGAUGUCCUACUGUCAUCAGAAUUUCUUGAGUAGAACUACACUUCUCUCAAUCAAGGAUGUGAAGAAUGAUCUGAUCCGAUUAAUCCAAUCCAUAGGAUUUGAAGACGGCUUAAGGCGUCCUGACGAAGCAGGGAUCAAGUCCCCAGUCACCUCGGACGGCGUCCUAGAAAUAAGUAAGGCUCGAGUCAAGGGACCCAAAUUCCCUCUCACUCAGGGAAACCUUGCACUCCUCAAGGCUGUACUCACUGCUGGCCUGUACCCAAAUGUUGCCAAGACGUCUUACGAAAAGCCGCUGGAGGGUGCACGGGAGACCAAGAAACUCUGCGUGGCUGAGACGACCAAGGGUCCGGUGGCUGUGCAUCCAGCUUCUGUUAACAAAGGUCUACUCACUAAUGGUUGGCUACUGUUCCUUGAGAAGGUGAAGUUGUCUCGUGUAUUCAUACGAGAUAGUUCUUUAGUCUCACCAUAUCCACUCUUGUUAUUUGGUGGUGCUCUGGCUGUACAACACAGGGAGAAAGUCAUCAGUGUAGAUGACUGGAUCAAAUUUCAGGCACCAGCCAAGACGGCUGUAAUAUUUAAAGAGCUACGCAAUCUACUCAAUUUGAUGUUAAUAAAGAAGCUGUCUCAACCUAGUUUACAUAUACAAGAUGAAAAGAUCAUCCAGAUUCUAAUGGAGCUCAUCCAAUCAGAGAGGUGAUUCAAGGAAAUCGACGGACAAUGGGUGAUCAACAGUAAAAGCUUGGAGUAUUCCAAUCCAUCAUCUACUCUUCAAAUGUUUGGCCAGAAUUGGGUGCAUCUCACAGCCUUCUCGUUUACUGCUAUCAGGUCCUCAAGACAGCACUGCUCCUCAAGGGCUGGGCAUUCAGAAGGUGUGGCAUAGAUUGGGGUGAUAUGCCACAAUCGCAAUUGUUGUCAUCAUCGUCGGUAUAUCCCCAUUUCUUCAUGUUUGUCUUGCAUCGUGCAACCUCCUUACAUUGUCUUUUGAGGGACUUCCAUGUUCUCCAGUCCUUGGAGGAGCAGCUUCUCGUGACGGUUACCGGCAAUGCACCUCUUCUUCCACUGUGAAAGUCUGGCCACCUUUGGAGGAACCUUCAAUGAAAUUGAGACUUGAGAAAACAGAAAUUUAUUUUUUCCGGAAUCCACCAAGGGAUGAAGUUUCUCUUGUAAUAAUCAUUAUGGCAAGUCGUCGCCGAGCACUGGACUUCAAGCUCUGGUAUUUCUGAUCAGAGUGGGUUAAAAGCACUGGACACCUUUGGUAACUACU